UCUUAGAGGUAACAUUGUGGCUUUAAAUUAUUAAGACAUUUAAAAGCGUAUAUAUGCAUGCUGAGGAACGAUCAGAUGUAUAUGAUGAGACAAACAGUUUGGCAUGUUGAUUAUCUAGUAUAUGUUUUAGCUAGAGAUCAAGAGCGAGGUGAGAAGGCUUACCAAGAAAUGCAACAACAAGGAUGCAGCAACAUUAGGUUUCAUGCCCUUGAUGUCAGCGACACAUCAAGCAUCGAUAAGCUGAAGACAUUUAUUGAGACCAAGUAUGGAGGUCUAGAUGUACUCGUCAACAAUGCUGGCAUUAUGUUUGGGCAGAGUUCAAAUGCAUCUUUUGCUGAGCAAGCUCGUGAAACAGUUAAAGUGAAUUUCACAGGCACGUUAAAUGUAAGCCAAUCUCUGUUACCUCUUCUUCGACCUCAUGCCAGAGUGGUGAAUGUUGGAUCUCAACUGGGAAAGCUAAAAAAUUUGAGUUUAGAUCUUCAAGCAAAGUUCUCAUCUGAUGAUUUAACAGUUGAAGAUCUUGUGUCUAUUAUGAAUCAGUUUGUAAGUGCGGCUGAAACAGGAAGCCACACUAGCAGUGGUUGGCCAAAUUCAGCAUACGGGGUGUCCAAAGUUGGUAUGAUGGCUCUCACUAGAAUUCAAAGUAGAGAAUUGGCAAAAAGUGGAAAGGAAGACAUAGUAGUCAAUUUGUGUUGUCCUGGUUGGGUGCAGAGUGAUAUGGGAGGAGCGAAAGCACAUUUAUCUGUGGAUGAAGGUGCUGAUACCCCAGUAUUUCUUGCUCUUUUGCCACCAGGCAGCCCGUGUGGACAAUUUUUCUUCAAGAGAGAAGUUAUUCAGUGGUGAUAUUAUUAGCCCAGUAUGUGAUGUCAGUGAUGGUAUUAGACUUCUUUCUAUGACUACGAGUGUACUUUUUGUCAAAUACCCGGUACUUUAUCUAGAAACUGUUUGUCAAGUAAUGCAUGCAUCUUCAUCAGUGCAUUACA